AUGCCAGUCGUAAAGGGAGGCGUGUGGACCAACAUCGAGGAUGAAAUCCUCAAGGCCUCCGUGUCUAAAUAUGGCCUGAACCAGUGGGCUCGCGUGUCCUCGCUGCUAGCCCGCAAAACACCCAAGCAAUGCAAGGCGCGCUGGAACGAAUGGCUGGACCCGAGCAUCAAGAAGAUCGAAUGGAGCCGCGAAGAAGAUGAGAAACUCCUACACGUCGCCAAGCUUAUGCCCACGCAAUGGAAGACGAUAGCCCAGAUUGUCGGUCGAACCGCGAACCAAUGUCUCGAGCGAUACCAGAAACUCCUCGACGAGGCCGAAGCGCGUGAAGGCCUUAGCCUCACGGGAGCCGACGCGGAGACGAGAGCGCCCACCGCCGAAGAUGUGCGAAAGCUUCGUCCCGGCGAGCUCGAUCCCGAUCCGGAGACGAGGCCGGCGCGACCCGAUACCAUCGAUCUCGACGAGGAUGAGAAGGAAAUGCUGAGUGAGGCCCGAGCGCGUCUCGCCAACACGCAGGGAAAGAAGGCGAAGAGAAAGGCGCGAGAAAGGCAGCAGGAAGAGUCGCGCCGUUUGGCUGCUCUCCAGAAACGGAGGGAGCUCAAGGCGGCCGGCAUCAACGUCAAGGUCACUACCAAGAAGAAGGGCCAGAUGGACUAUAAUGCCGAUAUCCCGUUUGAGAAGAAGCCGGCGCCCGGAUUCUACGAUACCAGUGAGGAGAUGGCUAAAAACGAGCAUCAGCGCACACAUUUCGAUCCGCGCAAGGUACAACUUGCAGCGAAGAGGAAGGGUGAAGGGGACGAAAACGCCGACAGGAAACGACGCAAGGACGACAAAGAUGCGCCGUCGGCGUCAAUUCAGGCCGCCAUCAAGGCGGGCCAAAUGCAGAGGAUUCGAGAGGCGGAGCAGAGCAGCAAACGGCGGGCUCUCGUCCUACCGGCUCCCCAAGUCAGCGAUGGAGAGCUUGAAGAGAUUGUCAAGAUGGGUGUCAUGGGAGAGAGGGCCAGUACGACGGCGCGGGAAAGUGAGAAUACGGCGACUCGUGGACUUAUCAGCGACUAUUCUACCCUCAAUACCAACGCGCCUAUUCGAACGCCGAUGGCGCCUCCCCAGGAGGAUCACAUUACCAACGAAAUUCGGAAUAUCCGCGCACUGACGCAGACCCAAUCCUCCCUCCUAGGCGGUGAGAACACCCCCCUCCACGAAGGCUCAGCCUCCACUGGCUUCGACGGUAUCGCUCCCCGGAAGCAAGUCGUUGCUACACCGAAUCCCCUAGCGACCCCUCUACGCGCUGCCCAAAACGGUGUUGGUGCUACCCCCUUGCGACCUGGGCAAACACCGAUGCGCACCCCACGCGAUAGCUUUGCUUUGAACGCCGAGGAUGGAGUGUCGCUGGCAUCGGCUACGCCUCGAGAUAUCAAGACGCACAACCUGGCUAUGCGGCAGCAGCUUCGGAAAGGGCUCUCCUCGCUUCCAAAGCCCAAGGAUACCGAGUGGGAGCUAGAACUCCCCGAGGAGAAGGAAGAGGUCUUUGACGACGAGGGUGCCCGGGAAACAGACGCCGCAGAGAGAGACCGCAGGGAGCGGGAGAUUCGGGAGGCUCGCGAGGCGCUAGAGCGGAGGAGGCGGACGCAGGUCAUGCAGAAGAAUCUCCCCAGGCCUACCUAUAUCAACAUCUCCGAGCUGCUUGCGAACGUGGAUCUAGACUCGGAGUCCCCCGAGGCUUUGAUAGCGAAAGAAGCGGCUGCCCUGAUGGCCAAUGACGCCAUCAAAUAUCCCGUGGACGGAAUCAAAGUCGCCGGGAAGGCGCCGACACUACAGACACUCAGUGAUGAUGCCCUGGCAGAGGCCGGUCUCCAAAUCAUGCUCGAGACGAAACCGAUCCCGAGUCUACAGGUUAUCCAGGAUACCUUUGACUCGCGGAACAAAAAUGCCAUCCUUCUAGGCCUGGGCUGCUACGACGAUGACGAAGAAGAAGAGAAGGUGGCAGCCGUUACCAGUGCCUUUGAUGACAUUCAAAACGAGAUCCAAGAGACCGCCCAACGCAACGCCAAGAUCGAGAAGAAGCUCGCCCUCCACCUCGGCGGCUACCAGAAGCGCCAAAAGGCGCUGCGCGAACGCAUCGUAACCGCCGCGCGGGACCUCGCCAAGGCCGAGAACGCCCUCGGCGCGUUCAAGACGCUCGCCGUGUCGGAGGAGGUGACCAUCGCGCGGAGGCUGGAGGCGCUGAGGGAGGAGGUCGGGUUCGUUAGUCGGAGGGAGAGGGAGGCGCAGGAGGAGUAUAGGAGGUUGAAGGAUGAGUUGGAUGGGUUGGCGGCGGUGACGAAUGGGGUUUAUUGA